UUCAAAUCUCCAUCUUCCCUCUCUCUCUCUCUCUCUCUCUCUCUCUGAGCAGCAACAAUGGAGUUACUCUCUCUGAAGCUACACAUCACCAAAGGCCCUCGCGAGGGAGAAACCCUAGAAUACCCACCCGGAUCGACGGUCCGGGUCGGCCGGGUCGUCCGCGGCAACAACCUCACCAUCAAGGACGCCGGGAUCUCCUCCAAGCACCUCGCCAUCGAGUCCCGACCCGACGGGCCCUCCGGCAACAGCUGGAUCCUCACCGACCUCGGGUCCUCCAAUGGCACCAUCGUGAACGAGUCCACCAAGGUCGCUUCCGACGUGCCCUACGUGCUCCGCGACGGCGAUUCGUUCAAAAUCGGUGAGUACACUGCCUUCCUCGUAAAGAUAGAGGGCUGCGGCGGAGCUGUUGAGUCGAGAUUGCGUAGGAACCCUAGGCGAAGAGCCAACGAGAGGGAUUUGGAGAAGGAGGUGGCCGGACCGGUUGUGGAGAGUCGAGGAGAGAGUGUUAGGGUUCCGAAGGCGAGGGGAGGGAAAACUAAAUUGCCCGAAGCUGGGGGUGGCGCAGCAGCUCGGGUUGUGAAGAGUGAGUUGGUGGAGGCAAGUGCAGUGCGAGGGUUUGAGAGCGAGGGUUGUGGUGUGGAAUUGCGAAAUGCGGGUACAGCAAGGGAGAAUUCGGGGAUCUCACGAGUGAGUCCAAGGAGGACUAGGAGGAGAAAGAAGGAAGAAGAUAUUUUGGUUGCUGGUGCCAUAGUUGAGAAGGGUCUGGAGGAUGGGGUGUUGGAGUGCGGAGAAAAGAAAAAGGAUGAAGGCAAAGAGAGGAAUGCGAGAUCGAGAAGGGCAAGGCAAGCAAAGGGAAGGAAUCAAAUAGGUGAUUCAGAGAGAGUGGAGAGGUUGGAUCCCGUGGAAGAGGCCCAAGAUGAAGUCAUGGUAAAUAAAGAGAACGCAUGUCUGCUGAAUACAGAGUUAGCCCAUGGAAAUGAUGAAAGGGAAGUGUUUGUGGGUUGGAGUCCGGACAUUGAACAGGUGGAUUCAGUUGAAGAUUUGGGGGAGAGUAAGAAGUCGGCCCCGGUAGAACAAGUUUCUGGUGAGGAAGGUGGUGGUGUAAGGAGUAUAAAGGUUGAGAUUGAAGAUGACGGUGGUCUUGAGCCUGGGGCUGGUAACGAGGCAAGAAGUGGGAUCAGCUUUGGUUUGAAAGAGCCUACAGGGAAGAGCGGCCAGUCCCCAGAUUUCUCGAAGAUGAGUCUCAGGGAAUGGUUUGAUUAUAUGGAGGUCUAUUUGCCAAAGCAGAUAACUGAUGAGACAGAGAAGCUGAUUGCAGAGAUGAGGAUGAAAGCUCAACGCGUAAGGGAGUAUGUUGCCGAGCAGAAGAAGCAGAAGGAAAAAGCUGCUUCAUAGACAGUGGAACAUUCAUGGUAGUAUGCCAAAUAACAACCCAGUUGCCCCUUUCCCUUCAGCUGAAGAUUACUCGGGAAACUGGUGAAUUGGGCAUGUGGAGCUAACUGGAGGCUGCAGGUGGAUAGCUGGGGAAUUCUUAUGCUGGUUUCACAAUAUGUGAUAGCAGCAACCUGGUAGACUUGCAAAAUGUCUCUAAAGCCCGCAUCUGAUGAGUGCUAUGUGCAUUGAUGACGGGGCAACUUCAGCCGGAGUAGACAACAUGAGAUGCAAGGACGAAGGAGAGAGGAGGAAAGAAGAACACACAUGGUUGAUCUCUGUAUUGCUCCAAUUUUCCUCCAGUGUCUCUGAAGAGACUGAAAGAUAUGCUUAUUCCAAUGAAAUUGAGGGCGGUUAAGAGGAGGCAUUUUUGUGCCUGGUUAGGCUCGACAGAAGCUUAGAAAAUACAAGUAAGGAUUGCUUUCCCCUACAUUCGAUAAGCAGCUGAAGAAAGAAGCGAAUGUAUUAAUCGUUGAAUAUAUUUGUAACUUGUAUCCAAUUGACGUUCCCUGCAUUUAGAUGAAGUAUUCAGUCUUCAAUUUGUUAUGGGGAA